AAGCCUGGCACUGGUUAUCGACACAAAUGGUUCAAAAUUUUCGUUCGUUUCAAGAAAAGCGGGGGAAAGAGGAUACCAAAUGGAAUGGUUCAUCCAGGUGGAAUGUGUGCUAUACCGGAUAUUUGUAUAUAUGUUUCGUCUGUGCUCACUGCUCAGCACUUUUGCCACUGCGCUUUGUUAAAUUGAAAUAAAUCAGUCACACGCUAGUUUCCCCCCAACCAAGCGAAAGCAGCACUUAACAAAGCGAACCUUGACUUUGUCACUUGUGUUUUCUAUCCAUUUGGGGCUUACAGAUUCUGAUUGAAGUUAUAAUAUAACCAGAUUUCUCCUCCUGUUGUUGAAAGCGCUAAUUUUAUCUUAUUUAUAUCUUUGGCACUCCAUCGCAGAGUAUUGUUUUCCUCGAAGUUAUUAAAAAAAGGAAAAAAAAAGUUAAUAAUUAUUUUAGUUAACAAUUGCAACAGGCAAACUCAUUGAUUCUGCUUACUCUCCUCCCCCGCGCCCUUCUGAACAACACCUUAACAUUACGUUUUACUUAAACAGGAGGAUGAAGUUUAUAUUUGUGCUACCGCUGCUGCUGUGUUACAGUUCCGCUCAGGAACCUCGAGGUGAGUAUAUUGCACACUCGAACCUAUGUGAGUGACUACCUUUCGUAAGCGACCGGCUAAGCAAAACACCAAAACUUUCCCAGUGAAAGCCCUACAGCUGGAACCUAGUAAACGACCACCUCCUGUAAGUGACUGCGACCACUAUUUGGGGCUGACGGUUUAAUGAUUUCCAUUGGUUUUAACCUCUUGUAAGCGACCACUUCGUGGUCCUUCAAGCAUUGUCUGAUCUCUAUUCUCAUUCGUAUGAAAGCCGCUGCGUGACGAUUUAAUCAACUAGAUUACUGCGUGCUCCCUUGGGAAGCAGUCUAUUGGUCCUUUACGGUCCACAGGGAAAUUCCCUAGGCCUUUUAUACGCCCUAGCAAACAAAUUCGCCGUCUUCUCGCAAGUCUACUCUACAACGGGCAAGCAAGUUUCCCCACCCUCCUCCCCUUCAGCGGCGCUGGCAAAUUUUCUCUAUCAGCCCACCCUAUGCCUUAUGCAAAAUUUUUCACCCAUAACUUAUCCAUCAAAAGGCAUAAGGUGGCUUUUAUGCGAAUGUGAAUUAGUUACUAUUUUGGCUGUGUGUACUAUCCUAAUAGAAAUAUACGGACAACUUUAGCAAAACAUGGAACUACACACUUGCAAUAACUUAUCUUCCAUGAAAAAAGUUUGUGUUCGGACAUCUCCUUAAGCGGCCAUUGAGUCUGCAUUUUUUGUACUCUCUUAUGGGGGUUCACAUGUAUUUUUAUGGCGCAGAAUAUACUAUACGCCCCUAUUUUUCUCCUGUCCGUCCACCCAAUCAGCUGACAUGGAGAAAACAGAGCUAAACAGAAACUAGUGUUUAACUAGUAAUGAACAGUGCAACAUUGAUGCCGUUGUGUUUCAAACUUUGAAGGCUUUUGUUACGGUUGACCAUACCUUACCAUCAUCUAAACUGGACUGUUACGGUAUAAGCGGCCCCGAAGGAGACUGGUUCAGGUCAUACCUUUACCAAAUUCUCUUCUAAACACCCGUAGGCAUCCAUCUUCCAAAAGUGACCCCUCACCUUUGCAUUUUGGGUUAAUGCCGAAAUGAGAGGUCAAUGUAUAUUUCAUGUUACCAAACGGAUGCGACAGCAGGCAAUUUGUUAUGAUUUGGAGAAAUAACACAACAGUUUUCAAUUCACAAGACAGGUUUCGGUAAACGUAUGCCAUCUUCAUUUGUAGAAGCUCGUUACAAUUUGAACUCUUCAGUUGUAGAAGUACUUACGAUCAGUUACAAUUUGAAUAUGCUAAUUAACUACAAUGAUUUAAUGAAAGCUAAAUGUGACAGAGGAACAAUGGGGAGAGAAAAAGAAACAGCAUAAAUAACAGUAUUUAUUUUGAUUAUAAUAUUUUUUGUCAUGAUAAUUAUGAUAACGUAACCACAGGAAAAACAAAACACUCAGUAUUGACAGCACAAGACAAGAUAAUCAUAAACUAAUAUUACUUUCAAGAAAAAGAUACAUAUUGCAUUUUUUUAUUGAUCAUUGUCUCAGGGUCGGCUACAUUUUCUCCUUAAACUAGUUGUAGCUUUCGCUAAGUGCCAACGAAAGAAAAAGAAUUUGCCUACAUCACCGGUUUUAGUUCCAAUGUUUAUCCCGAACCAUUUCAGCUGCUUAGGCGAGAAUUUACACUACAAGAAAUCCUCGUUCCUACAUUUCUGCCAUGCUCUUGGCCUUAAAAUCGCUCUUAUUCUUCUGCUUAGACAUUUGGAACCUUAAACUUGUCGAGUUUCAAACAGCGAAAGGGAAAUAACAUUUAUAGGUUAGCGCGAACUUGAAGUUCGUACAAGUACAGUAAUGUGGCAGAGAAUGGCCGAACUUUGAAGGUUAGUUUACAACAAAGGUCAUCAAAAGUCACGUGAAACUACACGUGAAAUCUAACGCCACUAAAAUCCCCAGGAAAUCUACACCUUACAUUACGCUUUUCACAGCACGAUCGAGAAUUUUUCUGCCUGCUGCAAUACUUCGCGUGGCAUUAAGCUGGCCGCCUCGCAAGCCGACCGUCUUCGCUCGGUUUGCUCGUUUGCAAUUAAUCAAAAGCUGGGAUGUAAGUUGUGACUCAUUGGAUUGGCAUGUACAGGCUUAUUCUUAACCUGUGCCACAUUAUUAUAGUCCCCUGGUUCUAAAAGUUCUAGAAAAAUAAUGUCUGGUUGUACUGGAGAGUAAGAUAAUAGGAGAUAUGAAAUGAAUGUAAAUACAAACAUUUGUUAUUCAAUUUUGUAAUGAGUGAAACAAAAGAUUCUUUUGCCUAAAAAUUGAAGAACUAAUGCGCUUCUGGUUCGCAGUCAAUAGGUGAGGUCAGCGUGAGUAUCACUACAGCUGUACAUGUAUAUCAAGCUUCUUUGGUCUUAACAUUCUCAAGAGAGCCACAAAAAGAAACAUUACAGUAAUUGACGCCCGAUAACUCGAACCCUCUCUAACUUGAACCAACAACGAUUUCCCCUGGAUUUGCUUCAUACAUUUACUGUAAUUUUACCCUUGGUAACUUUACUGUUUGAUAAUUCAUAAUAAGUACAAGGCUUGACUGAGUAACAGUUUGUAUGUACAUCUGGCUUUUAUUAUAAGCCAACGCACAAUGUACCUGUUUGGUGUAUAGGAAUUACAUGUACAUGUAUUGAUUAUUUAACUUUUACAUGAUGUAAUUAUUGUAAUAAUUUAUUGUAAAUAUACUUUGUUUUCUUUUGCAGAUCUAUUUGGAAUUAAAGAACCUUUCCCUGCAAACAUCUACCCUAUUGAGGGGACUGAAACUAAAGUUACUUGUGUGGCUUUUGAUCCAUCAGGAAAUAAAACUCCUGAAAGGAUACAGUUUAUGAGGAAAGAUAAUUUUGCACGCUACACAAAUAUAACAGCGAGUGAAAAUGUUAUAUUUACAGAAACGACAGAACCUGCAGAACCUCCAGCAAGUGAGUUGUUUCUUUUUGGACAUUCCUAAAGAUACCGCCAUGUACAUGUACAUGUAUGGGUAUGCUGAGUUGCUGUGGUUCAAGAUAUGACACCACCCCCCCCCCCUUGUACCAGGGUGGGGGUAUGAAUUUGCGUGUACGUCCGAGAGUUAACUCGUAGAUACACAUCAUUGAGUUGUUAUUGACGCUUUUACUCACUCACUCACUCACUCACUCACCCACUCACUUGGAGAGCGUCUCCAAAUUUCAGAAAGCAUUAUUUAGAUACAGUCGAACCUGUAUAUAUAACGGCCCUGUAUUAAGCGGCCAGUUUUCAAAGUCCCUAUUUUUCACUCAUACAAACGAUGUAUUUGUUACCUGUAUUAGGUGGCCACUUCUUUUAAGCGGCCGCUGCCACCCUGUAGCAGUCCUAGCCUAUGUUUGUCUUUCUUUGUUAUUUUUACCUGUAUUAAGCGGCCACCCUUGAACGGAAACUAAUAUGAUCCAAUAUCAGUAAGGCAAUCACUAAGGCAGAAACCUUAGCACGCGACUGACUUAGCACAAACGAGCGACGAGGAAUGGUGACGUCAACAAUCACAUUGCUGAACACCAUUUACAGACGCAACAUUAAAUAACGUAUCCUACAGACUACUAUCAACGACUUACUUUAGAAAGCUGGUUUACUAACUUAGAACAAACACCUCUGAAUUGUUGCCAAAAGUUAUAAGCACCGUACAAAAGACUUAUUGACGAGAUCAAGCAAAACUAACUACGACAGAACGACUGGAGAACUGACAAUGUGACUAACAAUACACAACUGUUAAACUGUAACAACAGACGGAUCGAAACGGACCAAUUACUGAUUACGAGUCUUCAUAGCCAAUAACAUCACGGCUUAACUGACAGACGACCAAUAACAUCGCGACGUAAUUGACCAAUCAGAUCAAUAACCAAAGUAUAAUACCAUCAACUGACGUGAUACAACUCACUUUAACUCUGAAGAUGUCUACCGCACAGGUUGUCGAAACGUCAGUCACUGUCAACAACAACAGUCCUAUUCAGGACUUCGUUCACCCGGACGACCAAACACAACCUACUAUAAUUUUUGUUCAAUAACUUCAGAAAUGAAUUAAAAGAGCAGCUAAACAGUCUACGCCUGAAACAUUAAUUAUAAAAAAUGAUCAUGAUGAUAUCGUUUGUUUAAGGAGAAAAACUGAGAAUAUUUUCCUUUUCAAUGCACCAUUUCUUUGCGUGAUCAGUUUGAGUAGUUGGUUUCAGAUAGACAUCGGUGAAACCUGAUCCUUGUCAACAACUUUGUUGCCUAGCAGAUGACCGAAAGUUUUCUCUAAUAUUUACCAAAGUUGACGUGUCAAGUCGGCAUGCUUUGCACUAUACAAGCAGUGCUUGAUACAGUGUACGUAGUUCUUAGUGUGCCCGAAGCGUGGUGAUGAGAAUGCGAGAAUGAGCUGCUUGAAGAAUAAUUUAUUUCCUUGAUUUUGCCUCCGUUUCGAUAAGAUCAUUUCAAAACAUUUAUUUUGGCAUUUCCUCACUCGUAUUCUGGUGCAAAAUCGCACCGUUUUUCAGCAGACUUAAGUCAAGAUGUUGGAUCAAUUUAAGAUUUUAAGAAUACAUUCGAGAGUUUCCUUAGAUGUAAAUGUAUGAAAGCAGUGCUGUCAACUCUCCCGGAUAAUCCAUUUUGGACCGUAUCUCCCGGUCUCCAGAUUAGAGUCUGAUAUCUCCCAGAUAAUCGCCAAAGUUGCUAUUUCUUGUAGACUCGACUUUCCGACCAUAAAAUUUCAAAUAUUUUGCGUUGUUUGAGCUACUGUUAACAUGGAACGUCCUGUCAUAAAUUCUGGUAUGCCACUGUAAUUUAAGCAAUAAUCUGAUAAUGUGGCUAAAUAUGAACUGUUUAUGUGCUAUCAGUACGUCGAUCGGAACCAACGAGCAUUUUUGGCACAAAUGACGUCAUUUGUCGCGCUAUAUUAAGUCAUCUAUCAUUCCUUCCCUAUCAAUUCUCCACAUUUGAUGUCGUGGAGGGUUAACAGCCCUGUGAAAGCUUGUUGCAAAGUUAAUUGGGAUUACAUUUUAAAAGUAGCCAAGGACGCCAAGCGGGAUGCUGAGUCCCUAAGCACCUUGGAAUUUUAUGGAAAAUCGUACGAUGAUCUACGAGCAGAGUCUGUGAAUAGCCUUAAACAGCUCUGGUCACGCCUAAAUUUGAUGUCAUCCCGAGUCGAAAAGAUCGGAGAUUCAAUUGAACAACUGCAAAGGUAUAGUUUCCAGUACAAUAUCAAGAUUAUUGGCCUUCCAGAAAGCGAGACGCACGAAUCGGCCUCCCAAACUGCCUCCCUGUGUAUCAAUCUUUUCAAAACCGCUGGAAUUGAAAUUUCAAAUCAAGACAUCGAUAUCGCCCAUCGUAUCCCUACCAGAAUUGCCACUUCUAGCCCUCGACCAAUUGUCUGCAAAUUCACAAGAAGAACUGUGAAAGAGCAAGUAAUGAAUGCAUGAAAUAAAGCUUGUAAAGUGUCGGCCAAUUCGAUCGGACUACUGUCCAGUUAUUCCUUGGAAUACGUCAGGCUAUUUGAUCACCUUACUCCCUUGCUUCAGCAACUCUUGGCAGAUUCAAAGAAAUGUCAAAAGAGAAACGGCUUCAAGUUCUGCUGGGACAAGAACUGUAUUAUUUAUCUUCGACGAACCGAAGAUUCUCUCCCGAUCCAAAUCAAGUGCCACAACGACCUUGUGAACUUUGCAAAUCAGAAGGGUUUACCCAUGUACCUUUCACAAAUUCCUGAGCAACUGACACUUUAAUUAGCUGAACUUAGCCGUCACUAUGAUGGCUGACGAGUCGCAUUUGGAAUUUCUCUUUCCAUUUAAUCAUUUAGAUAAUAGUUCCUUUAACCUAGCACUCUAAGAGUUAUCCUAUGGCCCUUUAAAUCUCAAUAGCAACCGUCUUGUAACACUCUUAUUUAAUCCUAUAGGGCAACCUGAGUUAUCCAACUCACUUUCCAGUCAUCUGAACCCUGAUUCUAAUUUUAUUGCUGGUCUACCCUCAAGUAAUUACUUGGCCGAGGAUGAUAUAAAUAGUCGAGUAGCUCCCCUUAGCGACAAAAUAAACUUUUCCAUUAUACACCUAAAUGCUCGUAGCUUGCUAAAAAAUCUUGACCAAUUGAAUUUAGUGCUUGGAAGUCUCAAAAUCGGUGUUUCAGAAACGUGGCUGACUGAUUGCACUGCAGAGCUGGUUAAUAUCACUGGACACAAUUUUGUCUCAAACCAUCGCAAAUCCAAAACAGGUGGCGGAGUAGACAUUUAUUUACAAAACGACUUUCAAUACAAACUUCUUAAUGAAUGCAAAUUGUCAGAUCCAGAGAAGAUUGAGUCUUUAUUCGUGGAGAUUACAGUUCCCCACGGGAAAAACAUUUUUGUUGGAUCUGUGUAGAGACCGCCAAAUCAAAACACGGCCUUGUUUCUAGACAAAUUUAACGACAUUCUUUCUCGUAUUUCUAAGGACAACAAACAAUGUUAUGUUAUGGAAGACUUUAACCUCGACCUUCUCCAGUACAACCAUCAUACAACAACUCAAGAAUUUAUCGACACUCUAUUUUCCCACGCAUUUAUUCCUGUCAUCUCCAAUCCAACGCGCCUCACCUCUUAUUCUGCAACCCUAAUCGAUAAUAUAUUCACAAAUAAUCUUUCUCAAAAUGUUUUAAAUGGUAUUGCUCUAAACGAUUCAUCCGAUCACUUACCGGUUUUGCUUAUUUUUCUGGCAAAACCCUGACGCGCGAUGGAGAAAAUAAAGUAUUCAUACGCAAAAUUACUGACAAAAAUUUGCAUAAAGUCAACAAAAACGUUUCAAACACAAACUGGGCCUCAUUUCUUGAUGAAGAUCCCAACACCAAUGCCUGCUUCCCUUUAAAGGUCAUUAAAGGCAAGCUACUGAACAACUGCAGCUCUCCUUGGAUCACCCCGGGACUUCUGAAAUCUAUUAAGUAAACAAGAAAAACAGAUUAUAAAAUAAAUUCAUCAGAUCUCCCUCAUUAUGCAAUGAGCGAAAGUAUAAAACCUACAAAAACAAACUGAACCAUUUAAUUCGCAUCGCAAAACGUAAAUACUAUGAUACUAAGUUUGAGAGUGCCAAAAAUGACCUUAGAACAACUUGGAAAUUGAUUAAUGAGGUUAUAAAUAAGCGUAAAAGUAAAUCACCUUUACCUUCAUCACUUGCAUCUGAGGGUAAAACGAUAACGAGUCCUGUGGAAAAUGCUGAUAAAUUCUGUAAAUACUUUACUAAUAUUGGCCCCAACCUAGCUAGAGCAAUACGCGACUUAAAUUUCUCAUUUAGUUCUUUUCUUGGUGGUGUUAACCAUCCUCCUAUCAUCCAGCACCCUACCGACCCCUGUGAACUGGGAAGCAUUUGUGGCAUGGUUGCCUCGGGGAAGGCCCCCUGCUAUGACAAUAUUUCAAUGCGUGUAAUUAAACACUCAUUUCACCUGAUUUCUGUCCCUCUGGCCAACAUCAUAAAUCUGUCUUACAAAAAGGCAUCAUCCCUGAUAAACUAAAAAUUGCUAAAGUGAUUCCUAUUUACAAAGCAGAUGAUCCUAUUCAUUUUACAAACAACAGACCCAUUUCUUUGUUGUCCAUGCAAUUUUUCCAAAUUUUUUGAAAAAGUAAUGUAUAAUCGCAUGAUUGAAUUCGCCGAGCAGUAUAAUAUACUAUACCGCUGCUAGUUUGGAUUUCGUGAAAACUAUUCAACGUCCCAUGCUCUAAUCCAUCUGAUAAAUAGAAUCUCUUCGGCAAUUGACCAGCGUGAAACUACUGCAGGUGUUUUCCUAGAUCUCUCCAAAGCUUUUGACACUCUUGAUCAUCAAAUCUUAUUCAUCAAGCUGGAGCACUAUGGCAUCCGUGAUGUGGCUCUGCAGUGGAAAAAAAGCUACUUUUCUUGCCGUCAGCAAUUCGUCUAAAUUAAUCAAACUUUUUCCUCAAUGCAGACCGUUAAGUGUGAAGUUCCUCAAGGAUCCAUGUUAGGCCCCUUAUUCUUCAUACUUGACAUAAAUGAUCUUCCCAACGCCUCCAAGUUAAGUGAGCUUCUACUUUUUGCUAACGACACGAGUAUCUUUUUUCACACUUUAAUCCGAACUACUUAGAGAAUGUUCUUAAUAACGAGUAACUAAAUAUUGACGUUUGGUUAGGUGCAAUAAGCUCUCAGUUAAUAUCAAAAAGACAAAUUGUUACCUUUAGUCCGAGUCAGAGGAAAGUCACUCACAGUUUUUCUCUCUCUUUUGGAGGUCAACCUCUAAUUCAAAGCAAUGUAACUAAAUUUCUUGGGGUGCACCUAGACGAACAUCUUACUUGUAAAUAUCACAUAAACUUUGUCUGUAAACAAAUCGCUAAAGCAAUCGGUAUUUUUUCCAGAACGCGUUUCUGCUUAUCUUGUAAUACCAAACUCACGCUGUACUACACAUUAAUUUAUCCUUAUAUUGCUUCUUGUAACUGCACGUGGUCUUCUACUUACGUAUCUAAUUUAUAAUUAAACAGAAUUUACUAUCUACAAAAGCGGGCUGUGCGAGCUAUUACAAAUUCAGAAUAUUGAGCGCAUACCGCUCCUCUAUUCUCCAAAUUGGAAAUUCUAGAUAUUUUCCAAGUUAAUACGCUCGAUACUGCUAAAUUUAUGUUUCGCUACCACAAUAAUCUGCUGCCUCCACUCUUCCGCAAUCUGUUUAUGACAAACAGUCAAGUCCAUAAAUAUGACACAAGAACAGCUAGUAAUUAUUGAGUGCAUUCCUGUCGUACGAACAUCAAGAAAUUCACAACUCUUUACCAAAGGACCUAGAAUAUGGAACUGUCUUCCUGCAUCUGUUACAAACUUGUCAAGCUUUUCUAUCUUUAAGAACAAAGUGCUACAGUUUUUAUUAAAAUAGUUACUGAAUUAGUCUAGCCGCACUUCUUCGCAGCCCUUAUCGAGGGUGCUAAUGUGGGUACCCAGUUCUCAGUUAACUACUAUUUUUUCGGCCAAAAAUUAGUUAACUACUACUUUUUUGGCCAAUUCUCAGUUAACUACUAAUUUUGGUUAGCUGUGAACUUUCACUUCCCUACAGCGCAUAUUAUUCCGUCAUAACCUGAAUUUUACUUCAGCACGUCAAUCAAUUUUGGGGGUAGACCCUACUAAAUUCAGGUCUAGACUUAAAUGAAUUGACAUAAACUCCGCCACUAUAGUACCAUUUAUAAGCUGAAAAUAUAGAAAUGAAAAGAACAUAAUUAUCUUACCGAAGUAGUAAAAAUGGGUAACAGAUAGCUAUUAAGACUCCUAUUAACCCAUUUUUGCUGUAAGUACAAAUAGGCCUUAACGGGUUUUGACGAGUAGGCAACCGCGUGAGAAAUUACGGUGUUUGUAUGAGAAUCUAAUGUCCAAAAAUUUCCGUAAAACGGCUGUUCUGAAAAAAAUAUGAAUUGUAAACUAAACUUUCACUCCUAACGAUUCUUCAGAAAAAAUCUGAGGUCGUUACAUGCAGCUAUAUGCGUUAGAACCACUUUUUAAAAUCUUUUUUGCAGACAAAUAGGUGGAAAAUCCUGAAGCAAGCGUCUGGAGAAAUUUUAGCACAGCAACGGCCCCCAAAAUUUGAUAGUAAAAUCCUUUGCUAUGUAGCUUUAGUUUACAGUUCAUAUUUUUUUCAGAAUAGCCGUUUUACGGAAAUUAUUCGACAUUAGAUUCUCAUACAAACAUUGUAAUUUCUCACACGGUUGCCUACUCGUCAAGAUGGCGUCGAAAACCGUGAUAAGACCUAUUAGAUUAAGUCGUAUAACCAUCAACGUACAUCCAGACGCACCGGUCAUGAUCUCGUACUGAUCUUCCCGACGUGGUCAUGCAUGUCCUGCUACAAACUUCUUCAAAGUCACCUUCUUCGUCACUUUCAGUUCAUCAUCUGAAUCAGUCUCGUACUUAAGUGGUUGCUGUAUAUCCUAUCUAAGUUUCAAUCCAUUUUCAAUCCUUGCAAUCCACUGCAACAGACAGACGACGGGAAAGAAUAUCAAUGCCAAAAUAUCGUCUUAAAUAACAAGACUGGACCAAUAUUUUUGGCAUUCAAUUGAUGCAAGAAAAAAGUUUUAGCUUUUUAAAAAGAUAGCAAAUAGCAUGACAUAGUCCCGAGACUCUGGUGGUUAAGAUCCCCCUUUAUCUUGAGUUGAUUCGCUUCUUAUAGUUGGUUGUCAAACAGUUCGAAAGGUCUCUAUCCAGUCCCUCAUUACAACUUCAUCUUCUUUUGUCACUGUUUGCACCGAUGGGAGAGACAGUUGAGACUGCUGACAAAACCAUGAAAGUAUUUGACACGAGACAAUUCGACUCUUUGUGAGUGUAGUCCACUUCGAAUUCCUAGUUCUUUUAAGCAAUUCUUUCACUGUGUUUCCAAAGUCUUCGGCGUAGUUCAAAAGCAUUAAAUGUUUUGUGUUGAAGUGAGAAAUCGCGUGUAGGUUUUCCAACUGCGUUGUCAAAAGUUUUUUGUACCUCGAUACAGACUUUGUCGACAUCCUCUUACGCGUCCCUCAAUGUUACCUUUACAAACAUCUCGUAAGUACAACUUCCAUGUACUUAAAAAAAAACGCUGAUUUUUUUGAGCCAUCAGAACUUCUUUUUGGCCAGGUCUAAUGCCUGCUAAGAGUCACAGCUUUUUUCUUUGGUUAGCAAUGUUUAACUUGACGACGAUCUUUGAGUUGUCUACACCCAGCUCUAUGACUGACGCUUUCUGUUUGCCGGGUACUACUCUGGUGCCUUUUUGUAUAUACUAAAAUCAGUUAAUAUGCCACCAGGUCAUAAGUGGGACAGAAGAAAGUCAGAAAAUAGCAUUUCUGUUUGGAAAACUUUGCUACUUUCAUUAACAUUAACGAUCGUAUUCAGUAUAAUUAAUAGAAUCUCACUUAACUGUUAACUUUUCAUUUCUCAGUUAACUACUAAUUUUUUUGGCCAAUUAUCAGUUAACUACGAACCCCAUGGGCACCCUCUUAUUUCUUAUUAUAUUGUGACGUCGAGGUGGCCUCUCUAUAUAAGCCUGGUGGUUUCUUGAGGUCUCCUCGCCUAACAUUUGCUGUAAAAAAGGCUAAUAAAAUGAUGAUGAAGCGAUUUUACAAACGAAACCCUUCGUGCACGUCACCAAAUUUAUGUCGAUUAAUCACGGCUUAAGUCCCUCAAGAAAAUUUCCUUAGAAUGAGUUACUAUCGACCUUCUUCAAACCCGAGGAUUGUUUUGUUUGUUACAACAAUGAACCACAAAGCAAAGCUGUCUCAGUGAAUAACAAAAGAAAAAUAUUUUUCUUCCCGGACGUGUCCGAGUGGACGCAGUUUUUCGUUAUCGCUCACGCGUACCCUCGUCCGAGCUGAUGCAUUCAUUGCGUCAGUUUCGCAACUGCAUUGUUCGCUCAGUUCUGGCCUGCACUGUACCCCCAUUAUAAAUGUUACAAACGCAUCCUGCUCCAAUGCCCCAAUGCCCCAAUGCCCCAAUGCCCCAAUGAAUGCUACAAAAGCUGUAAAAACUAUAACUGUCCCACCCCAAUGCCCCAUGAAUAAGUUCAAAAAAUUAGUACAAAUUGGUAGACAAUAAUAGUCAUCAUUAUUCUUUUUAUGUACAGUAAUUAUAUUGUAACACUUAAAACCCUUUGUCCCGUAGGCAGAAAGCUCAUUGUAACUAUGACCCUAAAGAAAGUUACACUUAAUGAUGACAGUACGUUUGGUGCACUGGGAAGGUACGAGUGUCAUGCUUUUGCAGGAGGAGACCCUGUGGAGAGGAGACAUGGAUUUAGUGUCAAUGUCAUUUCAAGUAAGUACAACUGUAUCUUGUUUUAG